AUGUCAACGACAAAAUCUGAAAAGUACGAUGAUGCUAAAUUAUACAAAGAGCCAUUUUCAAUAUCACAAUUGAUUAUGGGCCUACUAUUUGGUACAUAUUUUUUAACUGUUCAAACGAUCGAGUUAAGUUUGUCGACUUAUGUUCUUCAAGAAAAUAAGUUAGACCUUUAUCGUGACUAUUUAAUAUUCAAAGGUCAAGCACCAAUAUGGAAAUGGUGGCAAUUAGUUUCAACUAUUAUCAUACCACUAUCUAUUAUUACUGCCGUUCGCGAUUUAUUUCAAAUAUUUACGAGAAAAUCUACAACAAGACGUAAUUUAAUCGAUAUUGUAACAGCUUUACAAUUGUUUGGUGUACUUUAUACUGUUUUUACAGGUGUAUUACCAUUAGACAAUAAGUUAAUUCAAGAAGCUUCCAAGCAUAAUGUAUACAAGUUAAAUUUUCUUCAUUGGAUUGUCUUCCUAUUGAAUAUUCUCGGAUGGUUUAUAUCAAUAUUUCGAUAUCAAGAUUGGAAAAAUGACGAACGACUUCAUCCCAAAAAGAAAAUAGAAUAA